AUGCUGUAUCAUAACAUAAGGUUUUCUGAUAAAGAAAAUGCUUUGAAACAAAAUCAAGUUAAUAAUUCGAAGUCAAACGCCUUGACCACAAAAUCAAGGAAUAUACCUAGUAAUUCAGAAAAUGCCUUCAACAUUCGAUCCAAUGCUAAGCAAAUAAAUCAGACAGCUGGAAAUAGGGGUCCUAUAGCGAGGGUUCCAUUGGGUGGCAAAGAUCAAAAUAAGGCCAUUCCUUCAUUGCUGAGGUCGCAAUCGAGCUUGAAUGCUGGAGAAAACAAGCAGCAAAGAAAGAAAAUAUUACUCCCAAAAGCGCCUUCUUUAUCAAAAGCCAACUCUUCGUUGGGAUUUGUUCAUCGUAGUAACCCAUCCACAGGUGAAAGCUCAUAUAAACCACAACAGAACAACAAAAAGCUAGCAGAUAUUAAUAAAAGUAUUUUCAGCCUGGAUAAUGCACAAAGGUCUAAAGAAUUAGUACAACCCCAAGAUACGGACUCCUUGAAAAAACAUAUAACGGAUGCCCCGACUACACCUAUAGGAUCACCUUCGCUUCCAUCCACAAUCACUCCGAAGACCCAGUUGCUUGAUGCAUCAAAUAUACCACACCGGGAUUUAAAUCGAAAUAAUGUAGAUCCAAUUAAACGGGACAUCAAGAAAAGCAUAAAAAUUAGUGAACAGAAUCAACAAGCUGAGAUCAAGAAAUCCUUUCAAAUACAUCAAGAUUUGAUUGAAGAUGAAGACAGUAUAGAAUACGCGCCAAUUAAAGGUCCAUCUGUACCUUACAGGCCAGAUGACAUGGAUUCAUUGACAGAAACGGAUCUAGAACUUUUCUCGAAGCCAAAUGGAAUUACGUUAACCGAACAGAAUGAACAUGAAUACCCUGAGAUAUAUAAGAACGAAAUGGAUUUGAAUUUCCAAGAAAUAAACCUUGAUGAUCCAAGGAAUUUUUCGUUCGAAUACGAUGAGCAAGGCAUUGAAGCUGAUGAAAAGGUUGACGAAGAUACGAAGAAUAUUGGAUUAAAUGUAGAUGAAUUAAAUGAUUUGUUGGACUUUUAA